AUGAGUUUUCUUAAAUACGACUUAUUUUCUUCUAAAUUCUACAUGAAUGUAGGUGGUUAACAGAUCAGAAAAGGUACUGUUUUCGGAAUGCUGCUAUCAAUACUCAUUGUUGGACUAGCUUCUACUUAUUUUAUUUACAUCCUUUAUUAGUAUUUCACAAAUGGAAUUGAACCUAAUUACAGGGAGCAGAGCUUCAUAACUCAACAAAAAAUAGAUAUUGAAUUAAAAAACAACUUAGUUGGGUUCAGGUUUGAGUACGAUGUGAACAAGAGUAUUUAGCAAUUAGAAGCAGAAAAAAAUAAGAAAUAUAUGGUUUUCAUUGCUCUAUUUUUUUACUUCGAUAACGACUUUUAUCAAAAUAUUCAAUUAGAUAUAUUUGAAUGCACUGAUGAGAAUCUAAUCGGAUUUUACUGCUUAGACUACUCUAAAGUAUCUAACUACACUUUAACGCUCAGCACAAUUGAUAAUAUUCAAUCUCAAAUACAAGUUUUCUCAUAUGGAUGUUUAGAUUUAGAUUAAUUAAAAACAACAAUCCCAGAUAAUUGUGCAACAUAAUCAGAGAUCGAUGCCAUUGCAAAUGGUAUAAACGCAGGUUAACGAAUGAAAUUUUACACAUCUUAAUAUAAUGUCACUUCAUAAAAAACAUAGAUUAAUUAUAGAAACUCUUUUGUUUAUUCUAUAGCCUCUUAGUAUAUUUUAAGUACGUAUAGCGCAUAGAAGUAAAUCACUUCAAUUAAAGAAGGUUUUUUUGUUUAAUCUUAAUCAAAAUUUACUUCUCCAAUUUAGUAUAAUUUAUAAAAUUAAGUUUUUGACAGAUAAUAAGCACUGACUAAUAUUGGAGAAGGCCCAUUCAUUUAAAUUAGUGUUGAUAAUGGAUGA